CGACUCCAUCCCCCCUCAUCCUCCUCGUCCUCUCUCUCUCUCUCUCUCUCUCUCUCUCUCUCUGGAUUUUGUAGACGAAGGGCGAGUAGUUAACGGAAAUUUGAAGAACUGUGAACACUAAUUUCAGUGAUCAUGGGUGCCCUCUGUGACUUUUGUGCGGAGCAAAGGUCUAUGGUUUACUGCCGCUCAGAUGCUGCUUCCUUAUGCUUAUCAUGUGACCGCAAUGUUCAUUCAGCGAAUGCUCUCUCCAGGCGCCACUCUCGAACACUUCUAUGCGAUAGGUGUUUUUCGCAACCUUCUAUAGUGCGGUGCAUUGAGGAAAAUGUUUCUCUGUGCCACAACUGUGAUUGGAAUGGACACAGAGAUUCGGCCUCAGCUUCUGAGCAUAAAAGACAGACGAUAAACUGCUACUCUGGUUGCCCAUCUGCUGCAGAGCUUUCUAGAAUAUGGUCUUUUGUGAGGGAGUUUCCUUCCGAAGAUGAUUCAAAUUGUGAACAGGGUAUGGGCUUGAUGAGCAUCAAUGAGAACUGGGCCAGUACUUGCUGGGGAGAACCAGGGAGCAACAGUAAUCAAGAUGUGAUCAUGAAUCAGAUGGACACUAUGGAUAAAUUUAAUCCUUGGAUCGGAUCAUAUUCUGCAUCUUCAGCAAAUGCUUUGCAAAACAGGGCACAGCAGGCUGAUCCAAUGCAGUCGACCGCACCUAAGCUAUGUGGUUCUGGGACGAAAGAAGUUGAAAUCCGCAAAAGUGACUUCAAUGAAGAUUUCCAAGUGGAUGAUGUUGACUUGACGCUUGAGGACUAUGAAGAACUUUUUGGUGGAUCUCAUAAUUAUUCAGGACAGCUUUUCGAUGAUGCUGGAAUUGAUAGCUUCUUUGACUUGAAGGAAACAUCAGGUGCCAAUUCCAACUGCCAAGGAGAUAUCCCUGAGGAAUCAUCAGCAGGAUGCAUCAAAUCAAGACAGCAAGCAUGCAGCAAUGGGGCUGAUCCCUUGCCAUCAAAUCCUGGAAGUAAAGCAGAUCCUAGUGCAUCUUUUCCAGCUAGGCAAGCUCAUUCCAGCCUAUCCCUUUCAUUUUCUGGUCUGACUGGUGAAAGCAGUGCCGGAGACUAUCCAGAAAUGUCAUCAAUGCUUCUCAUGGGCGAACCUCCAUGGUACCCAACUGGGCAUGAGUGUUCCUCGUUUCCUGCAGCUAACAGAGACAGUGCUGUCAUGCGCUACAAGGAAAAGAAGAAAACUCGCAAGUUUGACAAGAAAAUAAGGUAUGCCUCUCGCAAAGCUAGGGCCGAUGUGAGAAGGCGUGUGAAGGGGAGAUUUGUGAAGGCAGGCGAAGCUUAUGAUUAUGAUCCACUCUGCCAAACAAGAAGCUACUGAAAACACGGUCAUCACCGUACCUAAUAUAGAAUAUUAACUUUCCACUAAACUAUUAUUGGAGAGUUAACGUCGACAGCUAAAAGCCUCUCCUAUGAUUAUUGACUAUCAUCGGCUUUGUUGCUUGGUCGAUAAAGUUGAGUUUGAUGCUCCAAUUUUUCUGGGUGAAUUUGUCACGACAUUCUUGAAGAAGGUAUUCUGCUGUUAUUUUGUCCCCAGAUGUUCCAUGCUAAAAUAAAACAAAAAGAAGAAGGGGAAAAAAAAAAUCUAAGUCCAUCACCUAUAUAUGGAGUUGUUGCCUUUUUUCUAUGCUGGCUCUAAUCAAGGUUCCAGCUACAUCGCCAUGGGGCAUGCAAUGACCUGUAGUGCUGCUUCGGUUACUAGGUGAGGCUUUUGUAUAAAAAUUGUAUAUAUGUGAUGAUAGUUUUUGGAUACAUUUUUUUGGGUACAUGUAAAAAGUUUGUGGAGAAUGCAGUGUUUUAACUGAGAGAAGGCGCUUAUUUACGACUGAGGAAACUGCUUUUGUAAUGCGUGGCUUUUGAGAAACUGUGAAGUUUGAACUUC